GGUACAUAGUCCGAGAUAAAAGCCACUCGACGUGUAGUUAAACUGCAUUCGCUGUGUGUUGAACAUUAAAUUUUUUUUGCAACAACUGUAGCUUUUUUCACCUGUUCCUCAAGUGCCAAUAAAAAGGAAAGAUGAUUACCGGAGCUUCGAAGAUCGUCGUUCAAAUUCCCCGAAAUUUCAACAAAUUUGUGAGCUUGAAUUCAAGAUGUCUCGCAACGCAGGCAGCUGCAAAAGUGAAGGAGAGCGAUGUGAAACAAUUAAAAAAAGAGUCUCAGUCCUUCACUAUGAAUAUAUUCAGGGGUGAUGCUCAAGUCAGCCAAUUAUUUCCCUUUCCAAAACCACUGACUCAAGAACAAAGUGACACUCUACAAAUGUUGAUCGAUCCCAUUGAGAAGUUUUUCGAAAACGUAAACGAUCCCGUUAAAAACGACACAACAUCCAACUUAGACGAGAAAACCAAACAAGCUCUCUGGGAUGUCGGAGCCUUUGGAAUCCAAGUUCCAGAGGAAUACGGAGGCCUCGGUCUAAACAACACGCAGUACGGCCGACUCGUCGAGAUCGUUGGCAAGCAUGACUUGGGGGUAGGAAUCAUGUUGGGCUCCCAUCAGAGCAUCGGUUUUAAGGGCAUCCUCUUGUACGGUACCCCCGAGCAAAAGGCCAAGUAUCUGCCGCGAGUCACAGGCGGUGAAUAUGCAGCCUUCGCCCUCACGGAGCCCAGCUGUGGAUCAGACGCUAGCGCUGUUAAAUGUCGAGCGAUCAAGUCCAAGGAUGGUUCCCACUAUGUUCUCAAUGGUAGCAAAAUAUGGAUCUCCAACGGUGGCAUAGCUAAUAUCUACACUGUGUUUGCACAAGUACCAGUGAAGGAUCCUGUCACUGGUGAAACUAAGGACAAGGUAACAGCCUUCAUCGUGGAAAGGGGCUUUGGGGGACUUACCAAUGGCCCGCCUGAGGACAAAAUGGGCAUCAAGUGCAGUAACACAACUGAAGUUUUCUUCGAGGACGUGAAAAUCCCAGCGGAGAAUGUACUAGGCGGUGAGGGACAGGGUUUCAAGGUCGCCAUGAACAUUCUCAACAAUGGAAGAUUUGGAAUGAGUGCAGCUCUCUCUGGCACGAUGCAGACAUGCAUUAAGAAGGCGAUUGAGUUUGCCAACAACAGGGUCCAGUUUGGAAAGACAUUGAAAGAGUUCGGAAGUAUUCAAGAGAAGAUUGCAAGGAUGACGAUGCUGCAGUAUGUUGAUCAAUCCCUGUGUUACAUGGUUGCCGGCAACAUGGAUACAGGGAGUCAGGAUUAUCACCUGGAGGCCGCUAUUUCCAAGAUAUUUGCCUCCGAGGCUGCAUGGUGGGUGUGCGAUGAGUCCAUUCAGAUAAUGGGAGGAAUGGGAUACAUGAAGCAUACUGGCUUGGAGAAAAUCAUGAGGGAUCUGAGGAUCUUCAGGAUUUUCGAGGGUACUAACGACAUUCUGAGACUGUUCAUUUCGUUGACUGGCAUUCAGUAUGGUGGAGCCCAUCUGCAGGAACUCCAGAAAGGUUUGAAGAAUCCAGCAGCGAAUUUGGGACUGAUCUUCGGAGAGGUUUCCAAGAGAGCUACCAAAGCUGUCGGUCUCGGUUCCGCUCCAAAUUUCUCGCACUUGGUACAUCCCAAGCUCCAGGAUAGCGCCAAUCUCCUGGGAAAGAGUAUUGAAAAUUAUGGGCAGAGCGUCGAGGCUGCACUGUUCAAGUACGGAAAGAGAAUUGUUGACGAGCAGUGUCUUCUCAACAAAUUCGCACAGGCUGCCAUUGACACUUACACGUCUGCGGUAGUGUUGAGUCGAGCUACCAAGUCAGCCGAAGAAGGACGUCCCACUGCUGAGCAUGAGAUACUCAUGGCGCAGGUAUGGUGUUCCGAGGCUGCCUACAGGAUUGCUGAUAACCUCAAGGUCGCCAAGUCCGAUAUAUUUUUGACAAACGUCACUAGAUUCAAGCACCUUUCCGAGAAUAUUUGCGAAGCCGGUGGCAUUAUUACGACAACUCCACUUGGAUUUUGAUGGACUUCUCUGUGAUUGGCUCUCUGUAUUUUUGACCAUACGAGUGCCUUAGCGAAGAAUUAUAUUUCGUACUCAAAAUUUUAUCGAAUCGAAUUUUUAGAAAAUUUUUAUAUUAUUUGUGCAAUUUUUCGAGUUAGAUUACUCAGAGGAUUUUUCUGAGCAAACUAUUGACAGAUAUUUCUAAAAGAAAGUUAUUGUAGCUGUAUAGGUUUUGUAAAUUGUUAUCAACUAAUAUGAGUAAUGUAAUUCUUCUUGAAUUCCUAAAUUAUCUAGAGGUGUAUUAUAACUAUUAGUACUUGCGUAAUUAAGGCAAUCAAUCAAUGCAAUUUUUGUUGAAAAAUUAUCAAGAUUUCCUUCAAAAAUAGGGGAAGUCUAACAGUCAGAACAAUAAAAUAAUUUUCUUGAA